AUGGCCUCCGUCCACUCUCUCCCGGCCAACGCCGCCAAUGCCUACGACUACAUCAUUGUCGGCGGCGGCACCGCUGGCUGUGUCAUGGCCUCGCGCCUGUCGUCCUACCUGCCCGAGAAGAAGGUGCUCAUGAUUGAGGCGGGCCCCUCUGACCUCGACCUGGGCAACGUGCUCGACCUGCGCCAGUGGUUGACGCUGCUGGGCGGCGACCUCGACUACGACUACGGCACCACCGAGCAGCCCAUGGGUAACAGCCAUAUCCGCCACUCGCGUGCCAAGGUCCUCGGCGGCUGCUCCUCGCACAACACACUCAUCUCCUUCCGCCCCUUCCGCCACGACCUCGACCGCUGGGUCGCCAACGGGUGCGAGGGCUGGGACUUUGAGACGCUGAUGCGCCUCGUGGACAACCUGCGCAACACCAUCCAGCCGGUGCACGCGCGCCACCGCAACCAGCUCUGCAAGGACUGGGUGCUGUCCACGUCCGAGGCCCUGAGCAUCCCCGUCAUCCCCGACUUCAACAAGCAGAUUGCGGACAAGGGCCAGCUCAACCAGGGCGUCGGCUUCUUCUCCGUCUCGUACAACCCGGACAACGGCCACCGCAGCAGCGCGUCGGUCGCCUACAUCCACCCCAUCCUCAAGGGCGAGGAGCGUCGACCCAACCUGACCGUCCUCACCGAGGCGCACGUCUCCAAGCUGCAUGUCGAGAACGACGUGGCCUCGGGCAUCGACGUGACGCUCAAGUCGGGCCAGAAGCUGCACCUCUCGGCCAAGAAGGAGAUCAUCCUCAGCGCCGGCGCCGUCGACACGCCCCGCCUGCUGCUCCACUCGGGCAUCGGCCCCCGCAAGCAGCUCGAGGCGCUCGGCAUCCCCGUCGUCAAGGACCUGCCCGGCGUGGGUGAGAACCUGCUGGACCACCCCGAGACCAUCAUCAUGUGGCAGCUCAACAAGCCGGUGCCCGAGAACCAGACGACCAUGGACUCGGACGCGGGCGUCUUCCUGCGCCGCGAGAUCAAGGACGCGGCCGGCAACGAUGGCGAGGCCGCCGACAUUAUGAUGCACUGCUACCAGAUCCCCUUCACCCUCAACACGGGCCGUCUCGGCUACCCCGAGGUCAAGCAGCGCUACGCCUUUUGCAUGACGCCCAACAUCCCCCGCCCCCGGUCGCGCGGGCGCAUCUACCUCACGUCCAACGACCCGGCCGUCAAGCCGGCGCUCGACUUCCGCUACUUCACCGACCCCGAGGGCUACGACGCGGCGACGUUUGUGGCCGGCAUCAAGGCCGCGCGCAAGAUUGCGCAGCAGGCCCCCUUUGCCGACUGGCUCGACAAGGAGGUGGCGCCGGGCCCCAAGGUGCAGACGGACGAGGAGAUUAGCGAGUACGCCCGCCGCGUCGCGCACACCGUCUACCACCCGGCCGGCACGACCAAGAUGGGCGCCGCCAACGACGACGCGGCCGUCGUCGACCCCAAGCUCAAGGUCCGGGGCAUUGGCGGCCUGCGCAUCGCCGACGCCGGCGUCUUCCCCGACAUGCCCAGCAUCAACCCCAUGGUGACCGUGCUGGCCAUUGGCGAGCGCGCGGCCGAGCUCAUCGCCAUGGAGGAGGGCUGGAAGCCCGACACCAAGCCCAGGCUGUAA